AUGAGAACCCAUCUUAUCUUGGAAAUUUUUGACUUUGACAUUUUUGAGAGCUCUAGAGAAACUCCAACCCCCUGGGACACAUUUUCAGCCCCUGCUAAAAUGGGAAAUAAAGACAUGCCUUCUUUUGAGGAAAACUUGGACUUUGCUCUCCAUAGUACAAAACCCUCUCUCCAGACCUGGAUGGCAAAGGGAGCUCAGAAUCCAAGCAGCACAGGAGAUCAGUCAAAGGACCUUGCUGGUCAUCUGGAUGAACUUCCAGGAGCUGUCUCAAAAAAAGAUGAAGCCAAACAAGCAUCUGAAGAAAACCAAUCAAAACAGAUGAAGGAAGCCAAAACAGUUAUCAAGGCUCAACCAGAAGAACUGUCAUUCCCUGUGGUUGAUAGUGCCACAAUGAGAAAGCAAAAUACCAGUGGCCUGGAAAGAGAAGAAGAUUUAGAAGAUAAGAUCUUGCUUGCCCACCUAGCUGCUACUGAGAGAGAUGAAGUUACAGUAGAGAGCAGGACUCUUCCCACAACAGCAUUGUCCAUGGAAGUUUCCUCCAGCCCACAGUCAGCAGUGGACAUCUGUCCCCAUGAUGUAUUAUAUGUUUCUGAUCUCAUCACAUUUUCCUCUCGCUUCUGUGGACCAAAUUCACCUUUAAACAAGACUAUGGUCUUUGGUUCAUCUCUGGAAAUGGUUGAGGUUAUCAUGGAGCUGAUCACCACCACAGACCGGGGCCGAGGCUUUGCAAUGCUCUUUGAAUACAAGAACAUCACGGACCCUAAUGCUGUAGAUGCUGUGAGGCAGGAGAGGAAGGAAAACAUGGUGAUGCUGGCAGUUCUGACAGGCAUCAUUGUCUUUGCACUUGCCUUGCUCUCUGCCUUCUGCAUUGCUUGCAGGCAGAGAACGUGCCCCAAAAGGAGCUCGUCCAACGCAUGCAGUGACCAGGAGAACGGAAUCCAGAACUCUGCUGUCGAUAUCAAUGAGCUCCAGCUGGUGGUGCCAAGUCGGGAGAAUGAAAACAACAACCACUCUGUCAGCCGGGAGCAGGCGGUCCCUUCCUGUGGUGGCAGCACAGAACGGUCUCCCCAGGACACUGACCAAGAUGUGCCCUCCUCCACAUCUGCAGUGACCACCGAGACUGGGAGUGAUGAAGUGUUUAUUAUUUCUGCUGGACCUGGGGCCAGUGGGCUGAGCUUUACCACUUACAGAAUACAGGACAAAAACCUAAAAAGAAGUGUCACAAGCCCAGCCUCUGUGUCUGACUGGCUGACUUCUAAUCACACUGCAGGAGCAGAUGCUGCUGAGAAGGGGAAUGUCCAGCAGGAAAAUCACUGUCCCAGGCAGCGUACCUGGAGUGCCCGCACUUUCCAUGACUUCCUGGCUCCAAUACCACAGCUACAGAAAAAAUGGUGUAGCUGGACCACCAGCAGUCCUUUCACAAAGCUGGUUGACAACAAUGGAUUCCCUACAGCAGUGAGAUCUCAAGGUGUCCCAACCAGAAAGGUCAUCUCAGCCACUGAGAUAGAGGGUGCAUCAGAGACUGUUUACUCUGACUCAUCUGCCAGUAAUGCCUCCUACCCCCUCACUCUGUCUGCACAAAGGCAACGGCAGCUAAGCUCCUGCAAUUUGAAGAAAUACAGGUUUGGGAACCCUUAUUUUGGAUUUUUAGCCAGUUCCCCUGACAGCAAACAUGUGAAGUCCUUGGAUCAGUCAAGACAUCUAGGAGCCACAUCUCCAGUUAACAACCAAAGCCCCAAAAAUCCUCUAGAAAGUUCCAACCCUCUGAAAAUCAACUUGGUCAAUGGCUCAAAAACGAAGGAGCUUAUGACAGAAACAGAUAAAAACAAGCCCGUUUUUGUUAUUUCUGAAGAAGGAGAUGAUCAGCAGCCUUUGGUCCUAGCAGAGCAUCUUAACCAAUGUGGAGAUCAUCUGUCAGAGCAAAAUGCUGUGUAUGCUCCAGCAGUGCCAGAUAAACAGCCAGUGAUUCUGACUGUUGAGGGGAACAGUUCUACCAGCCUCACAGCAAAUCUGCCCCUUUGGGCAAAAUCCCCUGGUUUAUACAAAAGUCACGUGAAGGCCUCUAGCUCUUCCAGGGACCAGCAGAGCUCAUCAGGUGUAGAUGCUAAUACUACUGAGACCUCACAGACCUGUGAGACCCUAGCUGCUCCUACAGUAUACCAAGCUUCAGUCCAGUGA